UCAUAUAAACAAACGGUUACAUUUCUACGGUGGUGUUUUCAGGAUUCUUAGUACAGGUUGGGUGUCCCACCGAGGUACGCGCGCAGCAGAGAUGGCACACAGUGAGAAGCAACGCUCGCCUUUUUCAGAUAUAAUAGAAUUAAACGUCGGUGGGCAGGUGUACGUAACAAGACUUGGAACUUUGGUGUCUGUCCCAAACUCUCUCCUGUGGACUGCAUUCACACAGAAGAGCCCUACCGAACUACCGAAGGACAGCAAAGGGCGCUUUUUCUUUGAUCGCGACGGAUAUCUGUUCCGUUAUAUUCUCGAUUACCUACGGGAACGGGAUAUCGUUCUACCGGACUUCUUUAAGGAGAGGGCUCGGUUACAGAAGGAGGCGGACUACUUUCAGCUCCCCGAGCUCUCACAGCGCCUCAGACCGGCGGUGAGGAAAGAGAACUCCGUCAGUGACGAGGUGGGUGCCCACGGGGACCAAGCGGAGGCUGCGCUCGCCUGUGCUCUGGGUAGUACCAGCAUCGCUACCCCCACAAGCGCAGAGAGCUCGCGCUUCGAGUCCACCGUAAGCAGCCCGACCCUUCGCUCCCCGUCCCAGAAGUGUGGCUACAUUACCAUCGGAUACCGGGGCUCUUACACCAUCGGGAGGGAUAUUCAAACGGACGCAAAGUUCCGGCGCGUGGCCAGGAUAACGGUUUGUGGAAAGACGUCCCUGGCCAAAGAAGUUUUCGGAGAGACUCUGAACGAGAGCAGAGAUCCCGACCGAUCCCCGGAGAGGUACACCUCCCGGUACUACCUGAAGUACAACUUCCUGGAGCAGGCUUUUGACAGGCUUGCCGAGGUCGGGUUCCGCAUGGUGGCUUGCAGCUCCACGGGCACGUGCGCGUACACGAGCAACGACCCGAACGAGGACAAAAUCUGGACGAGCUACACCGAGUACGUGUUCGCUCGGGACUGAGCUGAACGGUUCCGACCGUUUGGGUAGCCCGUGUCAUAUGACGCUCACCUGUAAAGAGAGACUGACUAUCUGCUGAAACGGUCGGCCGCGAAAUUCACUUUUUCGUAGCCCUGUACUUCGGUUAAUUCACCCGUCAGUAGCCACUUUUUGGCACGAUUAUUGGUUUGCUGAUGGUUAUUCUUUAAGUACAUGUUGGUAGUUGUUUAUUGUGUAGAUGAUGGCUAUAUACCGUAGGCUAAUGGAGUUCGUUUCCUGUUGCAUACCCAUGGGUGCUGUAGACCAUGUAGACAGACGACUCAUGCGCUAGGAUGGUGUUACGGUUUCCACCGUUUAUUUGUGAUAAACUGUGGAAACCGUUAUUUAUUUUUAUGCUGAUGCUGUCCUCUUUCUGACUCGUGAAUUAUAGUUUUGAGGGCUGUUCACACAAACACACACACAUACACACACACACACACACACACACACCACUCAUAACAAGCACAAUGUAAGGUGCGCAAGGAUUAAAGCAAUGAUUACGAACCUAAAGGUCGCUGGUUCAAGGUGAAAAUGUGUUGUUCUGCCCUUGAGCGAGUCACGCAAACCAGUUGUUCCUCUAAGUUGUUCUGGCUAAGAGCAUUGGGUAACUAAGAUGUAAAUUAGGCUAUUAAUCGUAUACUAAGAAAAAUUGUGUUUGUUAAAAAUGGCAGGCUGUUCUCUUCGGUGUGCCACAACACUGUGGCCACUGUUCUGAGCUUGACGAGACAGAACGAGAGUGCCGUUCGACCAGAUUCUUUAUUCCGCUUGUCUUGUUAGUUUAACAGGCCUGUACUAGUUUGACGGCAACUUUGUGUAGCUUCUAUGCCACUCCGUGUACGAUAAGACAAGCAGUAGCCUUUAGUGUGAUGUUAUAUAAAGACAGGCUCCUAGCACAGUAAACCUUGCCUUAUUCGCGUUUGAAAAUCAUGAGCUGUAUUUUCAACUUAGCUCCAAAGUUUUGAAUAAAUAAAAUGAAUAUUUGUA